CUCGGCGUCACUUCCGGCGUGUGCGUCUGGCGUCCGCCCGCCGCGGAAUGGCGGCUCUGAGGAGCUGGCUGUCGCGGAGCGUAGCUUCCUUCUUCAGGUACAGACAGUGCGUGCCGGUGGCCGCUCACUUCAGGAGGCGCUGCUUCUCGGAAUUGAUAAGACCAUGGCACAAAACGGUUGCAGUCGGAGUCGGUGUGACCCUGUGUGCAGUUCCUAUCGCGCAGAAAUCAGAGCCUCAUUCUCUUAGUAAUGAUGUACUAAUGAGGAGAGCAGUGUCCUUGGUAACAGAUAGCACCUCUACCUUUCUCUCUCAGACCACGUAUGCUUUGAUUGAAGCCAUCACCGACUACACUAAGGCUGUUUAUACCUUGAUUUCGCUGUACCGGCAAUAUACAAGUUUGCUGGGGAAGAUGAACUCCCAGGAGGAGGAUGAAGUGUGGCAGGUGAUCAUCGGCGCCAGAGUGGAGAUGACCUCAAAACAACAAGAAUACUUGAAAUUGGAAACCACUUGGAUGACUGCAGUUGGUCUUUCAGAGAUGGCAGCAGAAGCUGCCUACCAGACUGGAGCAGACCAGGCCUCUAUAACUGCCAGGAAUCAUAUUCAGCUGGUGAAAUCGCAGGUGCAAGAAGUACGUCAGCUCUCCCAGAAAGCAGAAACCAAGUUGGCAGAAGCACAGACAGAAGAGCUCCGCCAGAAAGCACAGGAGGAAGUGGACGAGCGGGCUGAGCCAGAGCAGGAGGCUUAUCUGCGCGAGGAUUGAGGGCCGCGCCUCUGCCACGUUCCGGCGUGGGGAAAGCGAGGGUGGACGCAGCUUUCUCUGCGCGGAGAGGAGGCUGCGGGUCUCGUCCAGGGCCCAUCGGGCCAGAGGCCUCUGUGCCGAGUGCCUGCCCCUCCCUGUGGUCUCCAGCUUGCGCUAGGCCUGUUUCUUAGCCAUGGGCACUGCACCCCGUUUCACAUUUCACCCCCCUCAGCUUCGCUGCCCUCUCAUCCACUCUUCUGCCUUCCACCCGGAGCAGCUUACCAAGCUGGGGCAGGAGGAGGAGCCUCUUUUGUCAUGCCCACAAGUUUAGUAGCUAUUUAACUUUCGUUUUCCCUCUCACUCACCUUUUCCCAUAUGGUUUAGUGGCGGCUCCCUCCGGAGACAGGCGUUUCGGGGCGGGGAGGGGUGGCCGAUCCCGUUAGAUUUCUUUUUGUUCCUAACACCUCUGUCCUGACCGCAGCGCCCUGGAAGGACAGCUCAGGCCCAAGGAGCCGAAAGUCCUUUAUUCGCAGGGGGCUGGACAGAGUGUCCCUGGUGCUCUCAACAGGACUGACUUCCGCACAGCUCUCAUUUCCUUCUUUGAGUUUAUUGUAUCUGAAGGAGAAUUUUUUUUUGCAUUUAAAAAGGAAAAUGUGUGUGAUUUUCUG